AGUAAUAAAUAAAAAUAAACUGCAGGAAACGAUGCUGUUUCAUGCAGAGAUGAUUCAAGUUACUUACUGUGUUUUCCUUAUUUGUAAAACGAGAGAGCGACCCUGGUGGAGCCUUGUAUGUUGUAAAAAUUUAUUAGGAAAAAAAAAAAAAGGCAUAUGGGUGCCCUGUGAUUCAAUCUCGUCUCACCCAUCAAAUAUUUACUGAGCACCAACCAAAAGCUGGCACAGGCACCCAUCGCUGAAUCAAUGGCCAUCUCAAGCCAUCAACCCAUCCAACCCAGGUGCCAAGCCAGGCAGAACAUGGCAGAAGCACAAAUGAGUCCUUGGAGGCGGAAGGGAGGACAGAGGGGAUCAGGAAGAGCCAGAGGCGGAGCCAGAGCCUGGGAAGCACCCAGCCAGAACCCUCAGAGGGGUCCCACACCCACCCCUGGCCCAGCCUGCCUGGCAGGCUCCCACCUCAGGCUCUCAGGCCCCAAAGCCCAGCCUCCCCACUUACCCAUCCCAGCACGGAGAAGGAGGGGCAAGCCUCCGUGUCCACUCUGUACACUCUCCCAAGAAGCCUGGGCAUCUGCUCAGAAAGUGGCCUGGGCACCUCAGGGUAGCAUCUCCCGAGACCACAGGGGAGGAGCUGUGCCCUCCAGCUGCCCCAGAGGCAGCCCCCCAGAUACCCACUUUUUCCUAGAUGCUCACUUGAACCAGGAGUGGGUAGACCUUCUCAGAAUGAACAGAGGUUCCUGAGUGCUCACUCUUUCUCUUUCUGUCUCUCUCUCUGUCACAUACACACACACACACACACACACACACACACUGGUUGAUUUUACAGUCAAUCUUUCAAAGUGCAAUUUGUCUAGGAAAAGCCAAUGUGAGGCCCGAGAGGGUUUCCACCAAUGGCGAGGCGACUCCGGCAGCUCAGCCAGUCUCGGGUCUGUAUUCUAAUAGGCCCCAUCUUUAUCAGGGAAAUGUUGCUUCUCUGAACUGAAAACUUCUCAUGGAGGGUCCCCAGACUCUGAGGUAGAAAAGGGGCCUGAGCUGAGGCGUGGGGAGCCGCCUCUCCCCAGGCAGGGGGAGACAGCAGGGCCGCUGGGGAAGGGGUGGGGGCUGGCACCUGCCUGGGGACACCUGACUUCCCGUGUCUGACGUGGUCGGGGACCCGGACAAGGACUGGGCUGGACACCUCGGGGGGAGGCCGGCCCGGGGCCUGAGCCGAUUUGACCCUCGGGAGCUGCCAUGGGGUUCUGGGCUGGACCUCAGGGGCUCUAGGAACCCAGAUUUGGGGUUCCGGCCUCCCCUUGGCCUGUUGUGGGGGGGCCAUGGAGUCCAACCUGCAGGGCCCCUUCCUGCUGAACAACACGCCGCUGGCCCAGUUCUCGGAGAUGAAGGCACCUGUGUGCCAGUACUCCAUGCAGAACUCCUUCUACAAGCUCAGCCCCCCGGGCUUGGGUCCCCAGCUACCGGCAGGGACCCCCCACGGCAUCACGGACAUCCUGAGCAGGCCCGUGGCUGCGCCCAACAGCAGCCUCCUGCCCGGCUACCCCCACGUGGCCGGCUUCGGUGGCCUCGGCUCCCAGGGGGUCUACUACGGCCCCCAGGUGGGGAGCUUCUCCAAGGCGGGGAGCGAAUACCCUACCCGGACCCGGAACUGCUGGGCGGACGCGGGCCAGGACUGGCGAGGCGGGCGGCAGUGCGGCAGCACCCCGGACCCCCUCGGCGACAGCAUCCACAAGAAAAAGCACACCCGGCCCACCUUCACGGGCCACCAGAUCUUCGCCCUGGAGAAGACCUUUGAGCAGACCAAGUACUUGGCUGGCCCCGAGAGGGCGCGGCUGGCGUACUCGCUGGGGAUGACUGAGUCGCAGGUCAAGGUGUGGUUCCAGAACCGGAGGACCAAGUGGCGGAAGAAGAGCGCCCUGGAGCCCUCUUCGUCCACGCCCCGGGCCCCGGGCAGCGCGGGCGCGGGUGGAGAGCGCGCGGCCUCGGAGACCGAGGACGACGAGUAUAACAAGCCCCUAGACCCCGACUCGGACGACGAGAAGAUUCGGCUGCUGCUGCGCAAGCAUCGCGCCGCCUUCUCGGUGCUCGGCCUGGGUGCGCACGGCGUCUGACCUCGCCCGCCCGCCGCCUCCGGGGUCCCCGCGGUCCCCGCGCGGGCUAACGGGGGCUGCGGGGGGGGGGGGCAGGGAGGAGGAGGCGGAGGGGUCGGGGAGGGGAGGAGGAGGAGGGAGAGGAGCUGGAGACGGCGAGGAAGAAGGAGGGGGAGGAAAGGCCAGCCUCCCGGGGGGUGCGUGCUUAGUGAGGGCUGCUCAGUUGCUCGGUCGUGUGCGACUCUUGGCGACCCUAUGGACUGUAGCCCUCCAGGCCCCUCUGUCCAUGGGGGCUCUCCAGGCACGAAUCUGGAAUGGGUUGCCCUGCCCUCCUCCAGGUGGGGGGCGCGGGGAGGGAGCCAAGAGGAUAGACCCGAGCCUGGCCCCUCUGCCCUCUUGGCCUCUGUGGGCACAGGCCUGGCCUCGCCAGCUCUGCAGACUCUACGAGUACAGGUGGAUGAGAAUGACCAAGCUCUGCAGCCAGCACACUGGCCGCGGGGUCCCAGACACGCCACCGUGGUAGCUGGGGUGGAGAGGGCGCGCCUUCCCUCCCUGGCUCAGUCAGGGGUCUCCCUCUAGGCUGAUUAGACGAGCGGGCAAGUCCAGGGCCUCUCCCCAGACCCUGGCACAAGAAGCAUCCCACCUUAGAGGCAACAGCUAAACGCUGAACCCAGGCUGGAGGGCACCCCCCCCACCAGGGGCGGGGAAAUGGGUUCUAGCCAAGAAGGAACACCCCCACACCCCAACUUAAGGAUCAUACCCCUGGAGGGAGCUGUCCUCCUGCCAUCCUUUCUCCACCUUGCCCUCAGAGAGCAUUCCCCCCCCCCCCCCCACCCCCUACCCAGGACAGGAGGAGAUUAGAAGCCCCACUGGCUGGGAAAGAGGAAGGUUGUGGACAGAAGCAGAGAAAACAGGGGAGACGCCUGGCAGCAAUGCUGCGUCUCGGAGCCUCCCACCGGGCGGCCCUCGGGGCCAGGGCAAGGACGGGACCCCUGGAGAGAGAGGAGCAUCCUUCUUGGGGGGACACUGGGGCCGGAAGGGACCUCAGAACCCCUUCUCCUCCGGUGGGGUACCCCCACAGGAGAGGAGAGGACGGCACCCGGGGCUUGCAUGGAACCCACGACCCUCACUUUCCUGGGAUGCCUUGCGGCAGGGCCUUGGAACGGGUGCUGCAGAGGGGGGGCGCUGCCCACCAGGUGGGAGGGGCUGGGGCUUUGGGAGGGGGAGGGGUGGCCUUAGAGGCAUGCAGCCGCAAAAGGGACCAAGAGUUGGCCCAUCUUCCCUGGCUUUUAAAAUAUAAAAAGUAAAAAUAAAAGUCCCAGAACCCUCCCCAAGACUCAUGUGUUUCCGUGAAACUGGCUGUGGGGGUCCCAGGUGUGCUGGCUGGGGUGGGGGUGGGGGGUCCCUCCCGAUAACAGCAUCUCUGCUUACAGAGUCAGGGAACCUGCAAGGCAUUGGGCAAUCUGAAGUCUAGCUAGUAUAGGCCAGACAACAUGGUGAGAGAGAAACCCAAGGGCGUUUAGUGGGGUCCCUGACCCCCAAGAGUCCUCCCAGGAGUUCCCCCAGGAAUUUCGUCCUGGGGGAACCUAUCUGUGGGGAAUGAGGUACCUUAAGGAAAAGAUCCUAGAGCAGAGAAGAGCAGCACGGACCCCACUGAACACCAACAACUCGUCCCACGUGGAAG